AUGAUCUUGCCUGUCCUCCUCCUUGCGGCCCUCGUGGCUCCCGCGGCCGCAAGCAACGGCCACUUGACCGUUCAGACCAGAACCGGCAUCUUCACUGGCCUCCUUAAUCCUGAGUUUCCCUCAGUCCGUGAAUUUCGGUCCAUUCCCUAUGCACAACCACCCGUAGCCUCCCGUCGAUGGCUGCCACCCGCACCACUUCCCAGCUCCAACCAAAGUCACUACGCGACCAGCUUCCCUCCCGCUUGCUCCCAAUAUGUCUCCUCCAAAUCCACCGUUUUCGGCAACAUAGUCCCUGAAUUCUUCAUCUGGGACGGCAAUGAGAACAGCACGGCGGGGUUAAUGGCCCAAGCCAGCUCCGAAGACUGCCUUCAACUCGCUGUCUGGACCCCCGCGAAUGCCUCCACUUCGAACCUUCCCGUUCUCCUCUUCAUGACAGGAGGUGCCUUCAAAACCGGCGGGAUCAAUGUGCCUUACCAACUACCCGCCUCCUGGGUAUCCCGCACCCAAAGCCACAUUGUAGUCACCAUCAACUACCGCGUCAACAUCAUGGGUUUCCCCAAUGCAGCCGGCCUCGAUGACCAAAACCUAGGAAUUCUCGACCAACGCGCCGCUCUCGAAUGGGUCCACGAAAAUAUCCACCACUUUGGUGGUGAUCCCGCUGCCAUCACCCUCUGGGGGCAAUCCGCGGGGUCUAUCUCCACCGACUUUCACACCUACGCCUGGCACGAUAACCUCAUCGCUCGAGCGACAUUCUCCCAAUCCGGAACAGCCCUCAAACCCCUCGACAACAAGGAUCACACCCACACAAACUUCACCUUUGUCGCAAAGCACAUGGGUUGCGACUUCCCUCAUAAUCCGGCAGCCGAACUCGACUGCAUGCGCCAAGUUUCCGUCAACCGGAUCGAGAACUUUGUCGGGCAGUACUUGGAUGCAGGAUCCACUCCAUCAUUGGUUUUCACGCCUAUCGCCGACGAGAAAAUCAUCUUCUCGGACUAUCCCGCUCGCGCAGCACAGGGUCUCAUUGCGAAUACCCCCGCCAUCAUGUCCAACUGCGCCAAUGAAGCAGUAGCACUCUAUCCUUUUCCUAGUACCAAUGUUACUGCGGGACCGUGGCAGCCUGGUGUGAACGCUGUAACGCUCAAGGACUGGCUAUGCGUCACCGCCAAUACGAGUAUUGUCCGCCACAACGCAGGACGGAAGACGUAUCGCUACCAAUACGCGGGAAAUUUUUCCAAUGUGAGUCCGUUCCAUUGGAUGGGAGCGUAUCAUUCUAGCGAUCUCACGAUGAACUUUGGGACGUAUCCGGACUUCCGCGGAGUGGGGACGCCGCUGGAGAAGAGGACUAGCGAGGUCAUGCAGGAUUAUUUGCUUGCGUUUGCUAGGGACCCAGUUCAGGGUCUCGAGCGAAUGGGGUGGCAGGCGUUUGAACUGAAUGCGGGUGAUGGAGGUUUUAUAAAGAGGUUUGGAGCUGAUGGGCUGGCUGAGCAGGAUGUCACUGGAAUGGAGGUGCAAGGAGCUUGCUGGGGGGAGGGGACGUAUGAUCCGUUCCCUUGAAAGUAGAAGGCUUGCUUAUCAGCGUUGGCUAAGCUGGUAAGUCAUGACACGCUGAUCUGGUGGC